AUGCCGGCCCCGCGAGUGAAGGAAACCGGGUAUCACGGGCCGCGGGAGCCACCCUGGAAGAGUGCGCCGGGCUCGGGGGCCCGCGAGAAGAGGGCGCCCGCGGUGAAACCACCCAAGCCUGGCUGGGCGCUAACGGCGGAGGGGCUGGAGGCCAUGUGCCCCGCGCAGCGCCACCGCCACCUGCUCUUCGGCGACCUGCUCCAGGACGUGAGCGAAGCUGCCUCCAUCUUCCCGUGCGACUCGCCGGAGCUGGUGGGCCGCAUGCCAGACCCGCGAAUGUGGGCGCAACCACACGAGGAGCCGGCGCAGCAGCAGAACCGGCUCCUGGGCGUCCUCAAAGCGGCCGAGGCCCGCGGGCGGGUUCGCGCCCUGCGACUGCGCUACACCCGCCUGCGGGCAGAAGAGAUCGCGCUGCUCAUCCGGCAGCAGAAGUCCGCGCGCGCCGCCCUCCGGCUGGAAAUAUUUCUGCCGCCGCUGCUGAAGCCCAGGAGAAUCCCGGACCCACUGGACCGCCAAGAGGUGCCCGCAGGCUUGGGAAAGGGACGGGGAGGGGUCCUGCCCCUCACGCACUCAGCCUCAGCUCCCUGCCCCACAGCGGAGGCGAGUGGAAACCAUACUGGAGGAGAACGUGGACGGCAGCAUCUUCCCCCGCUGACCGCGACACAAACCGUGGGACUGCCAAGCCCCCACAUAAAGUACUCCUUGUCCAGCCGGUCUUCCCUGGUCUUUCUGCUGUCCGUCCUCCCCAGGACCCUGAGACGGAACUGGAAUGAGCGGAUGCUGUUCUAG